GUUAGCCUCGCUCUGACUCCACUGAGCCUCUGUCAGCCCGGCCGAGCUGCAGUCUAACCCAGUUUAGACACCACCGCCAGCGAAAUGAGCGACAAAGGUCUGUCGGACGAUGCGGCGGCUGCAGCUUGUAAAGAUGGGGACGCGAUAACUAAGGAUUUCAUGAUGCAGCAGACUAUGCUGCGAGUUAAAGAUCCAGUGAAAUCCUUGGAUUUCUACACCAGAAUCCUCGGCAUGACGCUCCUGCAAAAGUUUGACUUCCCCUCCAUGCGUUUCUCUCUGUUCUUCUUGGGUUACGAAGAUAAAAAGGAGAUACCUACAGAUGUUAAAGAGAAGACAGCCUGGACUUUUUCUAGAAGAGCCACCAUUGAGCUGACACAUAACUGGGGCUCAGAGUCUGAUGAAAGUCAAAGUUAUCAUAACGGAAACUCAGAUCCACGUGGCUUUGGACACAUUGGAAUUGCAGUCCCUGAUGUCUAUGCAGCUUGCAAACUGUUUGAAGAACAAGGAGUCACAUUUGUCAAGAAACCUGAUGAUGGUAAAAUGAAAGGUCUGGCUUUCAUUCAGGACCCUGAUGGUUAUUGGAUUGAGAUCCUGAGCCCUAACAACAUGGUGUCUAUUACAUCCUAAACGCCCUGAACAUCAGCAUUACCUGCUGCAGUGCAUACAGACCAGGUCUGCUGUGGCUUCACUGGGAGAGCAGAACACUGGGGUUUAGCAAACAAUUUAGCAGCGUACGCCUCAAAGCUGAGACAAAAUGGACCGACAUCUGAGAUCACCUGCAAAAUGGAAAUCAGUGACCCCUGGCAUGGGCUGGACAUGAUGGCAGUUGAUGAGCAUUAGAUUAGAUAAGUGGGUUAUUUCUAUAAAUAGCAACUACUUUUGCUGUUGAGUUUGUCUGUCAUCUUCAGUUUAUUUGUCUUGCUGAAACAAUAUGUAAUAAAUGUGAAAGGCACCAGUAGGA